AUGUUACCAAUAAACUUUAAAUAACAAAAAAUAAAUAUUUAAGAUUUGCAAACAAAAUUGCCUUAACUCAAUGGAAAAAACAAAUAUGAAUCUCCUAAUUCUUAAGCUUUAAAAAAAGUAGAAUAAAUAGAAUUAAACAAAUAAAGUAUAUAAUAGAGAGCAAAUAAAGAAGACGCAUCACCUUGGGUAGCUAAAUAAGCUUAAUUAGAAGCAUAGUCACAAUUUGAAUAGGCUUAAAAAAGAGUAUAGCUACUUCUAAAACAAGAAGAAUUAACUUUAGCAAAGUAAUAAUCUUUAGAAAUGAAGAAAUAAUAUUUAGAAAGAAUAAGAUAAUAAAAAUAUUAACAUUAUUAAGAUAAUAAAACAAAAUUUAAAAUGAAAUAAUAAGCUAAUCUACUUAAUAAUUAAAAAAUUAAAUUAAAUAAAACAUAUAAUAAUCAAAAGAGUAACUUUAUUCAAACAAAAAAAAUGAUGUCGAAGCCAGAAACUAGGAAAGUUACAAAAAUUCUAAAUAAAUUCAAUCCAUAAAAGAAAAUAAUGAUGAAUAAAAAAAAUAUAAGCAGAAAAAGUCAAAUAAUAAAAGUUAGAAUCGUAAUAAAAUAGAAAUGA